UAUUAAAAGCUUUAACGGUCGGCAUCGUUCUAUCCGUUGCAGAAAAAAGCCUCAGUGAUGGGACUAUAGGAGACCCACCGGUUCUCUUCCUAGAUUUAAAUUCUCUCUUCGUCUUGCUUUGUAGUUUGCUCUUCAACUUCCCUCUCCUAUGCAUAUGCUAUUCUGUGAGUAAGCAUGGGAUCUAACAUGAAAGCAGUCCUGUUGUCUGUGUUCCUCUUGACCCUGUUGUUUUCUCUGGUCACCUCUGCUUCCAACAACGGCUUUGUUAGAAUUGGGCUGAAAAAGAUGAAAUUGGACAAGAACAAUCGGCUUGCUUCACAGCUCGAGUCCAAGGACGCAAUCUCUUUGAAAGCUUCUAUUAGGAAGUAUCGUUUCCCUAAUAAUCUCGGUGACUCUGAGGACGCAGACAUUGUUUUGUUAAAGAACUACUUGGAUGCUCAGUACUAUGGUGAAAUUGGCAUUGGCACUCCCCCUCAAAAUUUCACUGUAAUUUUCGACACUGGCAGCGCUAAUCUGUGGGUCCCAUCAGCUAAGUGCUAUUUCUCGGUGGCUUGUUUUUUUCAUGCUAAGUACAAGUCAAGCGAAUCGAGUACCUACAGGAAGAAUGGGACAUCUGCUGCUAUCCAAUAUGGUACUGGUGCAAUAUCUGGUUUCUUUAGCUGUGACAAUGUCAAAGUUGGGGACCGAGUUGUAAUGAAUCAGGAUUUUAUUGAGGCAACCAGAGAGCCUAGUCUCACAUUUUUAAUGGGAAAAUUUGAUGGUAUACUAGGACUCGGAUUUCAAGAGAUUGCAGUUGGAAAUGCUAUUCCUGUGUGGGACAACAUGGUUGAACAAGGUCUUGUCCAAGAACCGGUAUUUUCAUUCUGGCUCAACCGUAAUGCAGAGGAAGAAGAAGGGGGUGAAAUCGUCUUUGGUGGGGUAGAUAAAAAUCAUUACAAGGGCAAGCACACAUAUGUUCCUGUGAAACAGAAAGGUUAUUGGCUGUUUGACAUGGGAGAUGUUCUUAUAGAUGAUAAACCAACCGGAUAUUGUGCUGGAGGUUGUUCCGCCAUUGCAGAUUCUGGCACUUCCCUGCUGGCAGGUCCAACGACUGUGAUUACCAUGAUAAAUCAUGCAAUAGGAGCCUCUGGAGUUGUUAGUCAGCAGUGCAAGGCAAUUGUCGAGCAGUAUGGACAAACCAUUAUUGAUUUGCUUUUAGCCGAGGAAAACCCAAAGAAGAUCUGCUCCCAGAUUGGCUUGUGCUCCUUUGAUGGUUCCCGUGGUGUUAGUAUGGGCAUUGAGACUGUAGUGGAUGAGAGCAGCAGCAAAGUUUCUAGUGGAAUUCGUAAUGCUAUGUGCCCUGCUUGUGAGAUGGCUGUUGCUUGGAUGCAAAACCAGCUAAAGCAGAAUCAAACACUAGAUCGAAUAUUAGACUAUGUAAAUGAGCUUUGUGAUCGGAUGCCAAGUCCAAUGGGAGAGUCUGCUGUGGACUGUGGACAUAUUUCUUCCAUGCCUAGUGUUUCCUUCACAAUUGGCGGAAAGAUUUUCCACCUUGCUCCUGAGGAGUAUAUACUCAAGGUGGGCGAGGGUCCUGCUGCUCAGUGCAUCAGCGGCUUUAUUGCUUUGGAUGUGCCUCCUCCUCGUGGACCUCUCUGGAUCCUGGGUGAUGUCUUCAUGGGUCGCUACCAUACCGUCUUUGAUUCCGGCAAACUGAGAGUUGGAUUUGCAGAGGCAGUAUAAAGAAGCUACUCCAUUCCAUCAUCCUUAUCUAUUCCUGUUCACCUUCAUAAACUUGACAAAGUGCAAUGGUGGAAGUUAAGCUGCUUGUAUAUAUUUGUUACGUGUAUUUGAAUAUUUUACUAAUGUGUAAUGAAAAUAAGAAUACAAAAAUGUGCAAAAUGAGGGCUGAGGAGUUUCUUCUGUUA